AACGCUGCGCUUUGACUCGAGGCCAAACAAAACGGUGGCAGUGCGGCUGUCGUUGGUUUUCUCCCUUCGUCCUUCUCUAUCUGUACGACUGUGCGCGCGCGCGAACCAAAGCGACCAGGCCGAGCAGGUGAGCACCACCACUUUUUUCUCACUUCGUAUAGGACGCGACGGUGCGUUUUUGAAGUUGAUGAGGGCUGUUUCGCAGUCAGUGGCAAACUGUUCAGGUUUGAUUCAUAAUUCUGGUCAUGCUAAACUGCCAUUUGGAAUUAGGAAAUAUAAUGGGGCCAAAAUUGAUAAUUACGAUUCCAUUUCAAUGGCAUCUAGAAGGACUGUUAAAGGAGGGAUUCAAUAUUUGCCUGCACGUCGUAUUGGCACCAUAUGUGCUGCAUCUGUGGGGAGGGAUCAUCGUCAAUUGAGCUUUGAUGAUGAUUUACCUCAGGAUCCCUACUUUUUGAGUCUUGUCAAAGAAGCAGUGUGGGGUUUGAGAUCGUUAUUCAUUUUUCUGGUUGAGCAGCCUAGUCAGCUGAAGUACAUUGAAUGGCCAGGUUUCCGUAGCACGCUGAAGACUGCUACUCUGACUCUUGUUCUUGUGGCGCUACUCAUUGUGGCACUUUCAUCAACUGACUCUGCCCUCAGCUAUCUGUUGGCUUUGAUUCUCAGGCGAACCCCGUAAUCAAAGAUUAAUACCAGAAGAUGGAGCUCUGCUGUUAGAUUCAAGCCCCUGCUAGUGAUUACAGGCAUAGUUAGAAAUAUCUGCCUCCAUUUGAAUGCAUAACCCUCACUAUUUUGUGUACUUUUGGCCCAAACUGCAGCAUAAUACCAAAUGAUGAAGAGUAGCUUUUCAGCUUAA